UUGAGGUCGCGGGGGGCACUGGCGCCUAUCUCAGCUACAAUCGGGCGGAAGGCGGGGUCGCCCUGGACAAGUCGCCACCUCAUCACAGGGCCAACACAGAUAGACAGACAACAUUCACACACUAGGGACCAUUUAGUGUUGCCAAUCAACCUAUCCCCAGAUGGAAAUGAAGUCCUGCGUGGUGUACAAGUCGGAAGAGAAGAGAACUGUCAAUAGUCCAGUUCUGUUGGACCUCACGCGGAAUGCUGCGGAGUCCGCGCAUGCGCACGGCGAGGCGGCCGCAGGAGCGCAGAGCUGGCCACCGUACUUCCGGGUUGGCGCUAUUGCCAAAGAAGCUAACAACAAACAGGAAGUGAAAACUGCAAUGAGCACCAAAGCCAACGUCGAGGCUCCGCCCUCCUCUUCGCCCAACCGUGCCCCCGCGGCCCCGCCCUCCUCUUCGCCUGCUGAGGCCAUGGCCAACGAGGCUCGGACUCUGCCGGCCGCCACCACGGCCCUGCUCCUACCGGCGCCGCCUCCAGGCCAUCAAAAAGUGGAGCUGAUCACGCCCACUGUGGCGGCAACAGACCUGAAUAGAGGAGGCGGGGCCAGCGAGGCGGCCACGCCCACUUUGUCGGCACAGGUGGGCAGGGCUUGCAGCAUCGUUCACGUACUGGAAUGGAAGGAGGGCGUGGCCAUCUUGCCCGGGAGUAACCUGAAGUUCUGUGUGAGCGAGGUGGGUGCAUUGAGCACGCUGAUGACCCCGGGGACCCCCAGCAUGGCCAGUGAAGCCCCAGCAGGGACCUCCAGUCUGUGCAGCAAAGCAGACAAGUCCAGCGUGGAGCAGGCUGGUGCCGCUCCAGCGGGCUCGGUGAGAAGUGGGGAGGCGGAGGCGGAGGCAGAGGCGGAGGCGGACAGGUCCCCUCAGGUCCAGGCGGAGCUCCAGCACAAGAAGAGCUUUUACAGCGAGGAGCUCCACAGGGAGAGGAGCCUGGGCGUGGAGAAGGUGCCGGCGGGAGGGAGGGUCUCCUUGAACCUGGAGCAGAUGAAGCCCAUGAGGAAGAGGAAGAGGAAGGAGUACAUGAGUCCUUCUGAUGAAGACUCCGACAUGGAGGAUGACAAAAUGGAAGAUUCCAGAGCAAACAGCAGACACAUCAGAGCAGGUGGAGACAUGAAGGCAGAGCAGUGGACCUGGACACAAUAUCUCCAAGAAACUAAGUCCAUCGCCGCUCCAGACCACCUUUUCCACGAGAGCCAGAGAGCUCCUGCGGUGAAGAAGGCCUUCAAGCAGGGCAUGAAGCUGGAGGGCAUCGACCCUCAGCACCCGUCCAUGUACUUUGUUCUCACCGUGGCCGAGGUGUGCGGCCACCGUCUGCGCCUUCACUUCGACGGCUACUCGGACUGCCACGACUUCUGGGUCAACGCCAACUCGCCCGACGUGCACCCGGUGGGCUGGUGUGAGCGCACGGGCCACAAGCUGCACACGCCCAAAGGUUGUAAAGAGGAGGAGUUUACCUGGGCCAACUACCUGAAGAUGACCAAAGCACAAGUGGCUCCUGAAGAACUCUUUGCCAGUCCUGGCAGGACGGACGUGCAGUGCGGCUUCCAGGUGGGCAUGAAACUGGAGGCCGUGGACCGCAUGAACCCUUCACUCAUCUGCGUGGCCACCGUCACCGACGCCGUGGACCGCCGCUUCCUGGUCCACUUUGACAACUGGGACGACACCUACGACUACUGGUCAGCAAGUCCAAACAAUAUUUCAUGGUGUGAUGCCAGCAGUCCGUACAUUCACCCCAUUGGUUGGUGCCAGGAGAAGAGUCUUCCCCUCACCCCACCUCAAGCAGACUACCCCGACCAGGCAGACUUCUCCUGGUCACGCUACCUGACUGAGACGGGCUCCAAGGCAGUGGCGCCCGAGGCUUUCCAAACGCGUCCUGCACACCACUUCCUGCCGCACAUGAAGCUGGAGGCUGUGGACAAGAGAAGUCCUGGUCUCAUCAGGGUGGCCACAGUGGAGGAAGUGGAGACUCACCGCAUCAAGAUCCACUAUGACGGCUGGAGUCACGUGUAUGACGAGUGGAUGGACUCCGACCACCCCGACAUACACCCGGCAGGAUGGUGCGAGGCCACCGCUCACCCACUCAAGGCCCCCCCGCACCAUGCCAAAAUACAUCAGACCCACGAUGUGACCAUGAUGGCGGUCCAGUCCGCCUACCCUGCACCAGUUCCCUUCAAGGCCGUCAGUCACAGCAGGAGCAGCAAGUACAGUUUCCACAACAGGAAGUGUCCGACUCCCGGCUGCGACGGCUCGGGUCACGUGACAGGGCGCUUCACGGCCCACCACUGCGUGUCGGGCUGCCCGCUGGCCGAGCGCAACCAGAGCAGGCUGAAGGCCGAGCUGUCGGACUCGGAGAGCAGGAGGAGCUUCUUCUUCGCGCAGAAGAACAAGAAGACCUCACAUUUCCGUGGCAGGAUCGGUCGCCCCCCCAAAUACAGAAAGAACCAGCAGAGAGACUUUCUCAACAUGUCCUACACGUCAUCAGUGAGCGGUCCAUCAGAGCGUGCAGUCUCUCUGUGCUGGGAGCAACACUGCAAACUACUUCCUGGAGUGGAGGGCAUCGUAGCCAAUCAGGUGGCAGCGUGGAGCGUGGAGGAGGUCUUCACUUUCGUGCAGAAUCUAAUCGGCUGUGAGGACCAGGCUCGUCUCUUCAAAGAAGAGAUGAUUGACGGCGAGGCCUUCCUGCUGCUGACGCAGACGGACAUCGUGAAGAUCAUGAGCAUCAAGCUAGGCCCCGCCCUCAAGAUCUCCAACGCCAUCCUCAUGUUCAAGAGCGCAGACGAGGCUCCCAAAUGAAGGUUCCUGUGCCAAACUCCACUUCCUGUGCCAAACCCCACUUCCUGUUCCUUGCCAGGAGAGAGCCACGGACAAAAGUAUCUGGACGCCUUCCAAAACACCCGUGUGGGGACGCCAUGUCAGGAAAGGGUUUGAUAAUACGAGCAGCUUGGAGACAAUGUUUUUGUAAAAGUCCAACAAAUACUUUCCCCAAAAAAUAGGAGAAUUGUGAAAAAAGAAAAGAAGACUUUUUGCAGUAGAUUUAGUGUUUAGUGCAAUAAUUCAUUCCAAUGCCUUUUAACAAAUAUGUGCAAACACUAGCAGAGCAUUUUGUGCCAAAAUUUAAUGUACAGAAAAUGAAAUAAUGCUCCUCUAUUUAUGAUCCCGUUAGCAUACAAUUGUGAAGUCUAAUCUCAAACAAGUAGCUCUGAUCCUGUCGUGACAUUCCAUUGAAACUUUUCUGAUCAAACAAUGAGGUUUAAUCAAAUUAUUCAACAUUAUCUCACAACAUUUAUUGGACAAUUGUUAGGUGUUUAAAUUGAUUAAUUAGUCUUUGAAUAAUCUAUUUUGGUUACAUUAAUUUAACAUUAAUGUAACCAAUUUUACCUAUUUUAGUUUUUCAGUUUUUAUUUAUUUUUGUAAUUCUGAAAUGUUUAAAUUGAUCAGAAAACAGUUAGGUUUAAUAUAAAUAUUUAAGAUUAUAUUUCACAAUUUAUUGGAUGAUUUUUAUGCAUUUAAAUUGAUUAAUUAGUCUUUAAAUAAUCUAAUUUGGUUAUUAUAAUUACAUUUUUUUUUUUAUCAUUAUUUAAAUAAUUUAUUUGGGUGAUUCUGAAAUGUUUAUAUUGUUUAGAACACAGUUAGGUUUAAUAUAAAUAUUUAAGAUUAUCUUUCACAAUUUAUUGGACAAUUUUUAUGCGUUUAAAUGAAUUAAUUAGUCUUUAAAUAUAAUCUAUUUUGGUUAUAAUAAAAAAAUAUAUUUUAGUAAUUUAUUUGGGUAAUUCUAAAAUUUAAAUUGUUUUUAUAGAACAAUUGGGUGAAAUAUACAUAUUUAAGAUGAUAUUUCACAAUAUAAAAAAACAACCUUUAUUUAAAAUGUAAAUAAUUAGGUGUAAUAUAAAUAUUUAAGAUGAUAUUUCACAAUUUAAAAACAAUUAUCCUUUAUUUCAAAUGUAAAUAAUUAGGUUUAAUAUAAAUAUUAAUAUUAUACUUCAUAAUUUAAUGGACAGUUUAACCAAUUAUUUUGUGUUCAAAUUGAUUUGUUUAGUUUAUAAUCCAUUUUUAAAUUAAUCAGAAAUCAGUAAAAUUCCAAAUAAAUAUUUGAGAUUAUUUUUCACAAUUAAAAAAAACUAACUGAAUUAUUUCAAAUGUCAAUAUGUUUACAUUGAUCAUCAAAUAAUUAGGUUCAGUAUAAAUGUUUAAGAUUAUACUUCACAGUUUAAAAAAUAACUUGACCAAUGAUUUCACUUUUGAAAAAUGAUUACAUUGGUCAUGAAAUAAUUCUGUUCAAGAUAAAUAUUUUAAGAUUAUAUUUCCCAAUUUAAUAAAUUAUUAGGCAAUUGUUCACAUGGAAAUUCAUUCAUUUGUGUUAUUGUUUAUUUUUCUGAAUGAUUCCAACCAACAGACUAAUUAGCAGCGUUUCUUCAUUUCAACUUUGUUGGUCCUGCAGAACUUUUUGUAUGCAAGACGCUCAUUUGUGGACGCGCACAACAACAACAACAACAACAACUACUACAAUAGAACAACACUGACAAUGAGCACAACAAUGACAAUGAGCACAAUUGUGACAAUGACGACAACGACAAUAAAAAUAAUGACACUGAGAACAAUAACAGCAAUGACAGUAAAAUUAAUGACAACAAUGAGAAUUAUAGUGACAACAAUGAAACAGAACAAUGAUGACAAUGAGAAGAAUGACGACAAUAACAAUGAGAACAAUAAUGACAAUGAGAAGAAUGACGACAAUAACAAUGACACAGAACAAUAAUGACGACAAUAAUGACACUGAGAACAAUAAUGACGACAAUAACAAUGACACAACAAUAAUGACGACAAUAACAAUGACACUGAGAACAAUAAUGACAAUAACAAUGACACAGAACAAUAAUGACGACAAUGACACAGAACAAUAACGACGACAAUAACAAUGACACUGAGAACAAUAAUGACAAUAACAAUGACACUGAGAACAAUAAUGACAAUAAUGACACUGAGAACAAUAAUGACGACAAUAACAAUAACAAUGACAACAAUAGUGACAAUGAGAAGAAUGACGACAAUAACAAUGAGAAUAAUGACAAAUGUAACAAGAGUGACUACUUGCAGGAGCGUGUGAAGUCCAACAUGGAGAAUGUGAAGUGACUAAAAAGUAGUUGUGUGUUUAACAACACUUUGUUGUCUUCUGUUUUUUACACCUUGUAUCACUGUGUGUGUGUGUGUGUGUGUGUGUGUGUGUGUGUGUGUGUGUGUGUGUGUGUGUGUGUGUGUGUGUGUGUGUGUGUGUGUGUGUGUGUGUGUGUGUGUGUGUGUGUGUGUGUGUGUGUGUGAGAGAGAGAUAAGAUAA